UGGGUAAAAAAUCGAGGGAUUGAUAUCUUGUUAUUUAAUUACCUAGGAAUAUUCCCGGAAAAGUGCAUGUAAUAUGACAAUUUAAUAUGAUGGUUGACAAUUAACUGAAAUGACUUAUACUGAAAUGGCGUUAACUCCGGACACCAGGUUCAUUACGUAACAUCGAUGUACAUGGAGCUCGGGAACUUGUUGACCACAACAUCCGGACCUUGUGUGUAAUAAUAACCCGACAGACAGCAUCACGGGGCAGUCACUCACACGCGUGUGAUUCCUUAUAAAAAUUACCCCACAUGGGCCUCGUCAUUAGUGUCGGUUUCCGCAGCUCACAGAAAAGAUGAGUCCGUCCUUUAAAAGUUGUCAUCGAUGACGGAUCAAGAUUACUGCACGAGGAGUUUUUUUAACGGAGGAUUUGAAGGACCACAUACUGUUAAUCAAACGAAACAUCACUAAUAUAUUGGAGACCUUUUUCUGAGAACUGAUUACGAAUCUAUACAGAAGUUUUUAAACCGUCGUCAAUGAAAUAUCAAGAACGUCUUAUAUGCAGACAAUGCCCAACAAGAUCCUUGUGGACGAGGACUAUUUCCUGUUGGAGUCGGUUAAAUCUGGAAAAGAAAAACAGGUGCGAUCCAUCUUGUCCAGUGGGAACUAUAAGAAUAUCGAUUACGUGGACGGGUUCGGACGCACUGCCCUCCACUGGGCUGCCGAGUACGGGUACGUGAACAUUGUGUAUUCACUGGUGGAAAAUAAGUGGGACUUCAAUGCCACAGACCACAAAUCACAGACCCCGUUACAUAUAGCGUGUAACCACUAUGGCAGUGACAUUGCUUCAUACUUGAUCACAUGUGGAUGUGACGUCAAUAUUUUGGACAAUGCUGGAAAUAGUCCCUUGCAAAGGGCCAUUCACACAAAUCUUGAAGAUGUCGUGUAUCUUAUAUGUGAACGAGGGGCUGACAUAAACGCCAAAACUAAAAAUAACUGGACAGCUCUUCAUGAAGGGAUACGGGUUGGAAAUGAGAAUAUAGUGCGUCGAUUGAUUAAAGAUGGGGCAGACGUCAACGCUGUCACAAGGUACAAAGCAACGCCAUUUUCGACUGCAAUAUUCUACUAUCGUAUCUCACAGAGACAUGCAUAUAACUGCCUCGACGCCUUCGCUAAAAUGUUGGUUGACAACGGCAGUCGCUUAAGUCAGUGUGAUGGACAAUGGUCACCACUCAUGUCCUCAAUAUCUCUGGGAAACAGUUACAUUGCCGGGCUACUGUUAUACCACGGGUGCCAAAUUCCCACGCUGGAUCAGUACGGACGAAGUCCACUUGUAGAUACAUUCACAAGAUGUGACCCGAAUGUACUGAAACUGAUGGUCUUGUGCGGCUACCAGUUGACCAUUGACGAAGUGGAGCAGUGCAAUAGACGUAUUCCGACAUUUUCAAGGUCUUUCAGACGUUUAGCUUUCUCAGGGAUGGAUACUUCUACAAAUGGAGUCCAGAUGAUGGCGUGGCUCAGAGAACGGUCCCAUAACCCAAUCUCACUCUCAGACAUGUGCCGAUUCAGUAUUCGUCAAUCGCUCAACAAAGGCUCGGGAGAUACCUCAAUUUUGCAAAAUAUCAGGAAGCUUGUCCUCCCAACUUGUUUGAAAGAGUUUAUAGCUUUGGAUGAAUUCAGUCAUAUCUGUUGAAUGUCUCGAAUGGAAGGUCGCAUGUCGUUCAGUAUUAGUUGAUAAGGUGUAACUUCUGGAGUAUGGAUGUCUGAAUAGUGUAGAGUAGAGUAUAAUUUUCUUGUGGCUACAUGGAAAUAAGUAUAUUUGUUCAUUCAUUAAUUUUUUAGCAUAUACGUGUAUAAGUGAAAGACAUUACAUGUAUAUAGAUGUCAAGGUGCUUCCUACUUUAUGUUUCACACUAUGUGUGCCAUCGCUACUGAGAUCUCAUAACAACUCAUUGAAAUCCAGCAAUCAAAUUAGGAGGACUUACAGCCGCUAUAGUCUCCAGUAUUAUGAACGCUUUUAUAGAUUAGCAAUAUUUGUUUAUUUAUUUAUUUAUUUUUGAAAUAAACAAGGAAAGUUA